UAGGCCGAAUAUUAAUAAUUAUUAUCCGAGGGAUGACAAUUUCUAGAUAGAUCUCCAGCAAAGCUCCAGAAACUGAGUCAGCGCAGAGGAGGAGACGCACCGUGGUCAUUCCGAUGGUGCGCAAAGUCCAGCUGACAGGCUUUGGUAACUUGACUGCACAGCGGAGAGCUUUUCUAAUGUAAGACAGUGUUUAAUAUUAAUUUCAGCGUGCCGAUUCGGUAGAGAAGAGAAGCCGGGGGAAGAGAGGAGCGACAUCAUAGAUUUCCUGCAGCGGAGAGAGAGAGAGGGGGAGGAGGAGAGCGCUGAUUCACGGCUUGCAGGAGGAGGGAGAGCCGUGCGGACGCUCUCACAAGAUCCAUCUCUAAUCUUAAAAUACCGACCCCCCUCCCUCCACACCUCCUCCUCCACCUCCUCCCUCGUCAUUGACAGCUCUGCGACCCGGUCAAUCCGUCAGACAGGGAGGAUCUGGGGAGGAGGGCGCCAAGGCAAGGAGAGGACGAAAGGCGAUCACCUCUGGCCGGUUUUUGAUCCAAUCGCCAAUACAGCGAGCAGGCUGGGGGACCUGCCUCUCCGUACAUGAGGACGACACAGUGGCUGGGCUUUUUUGCUCCGAGGAGCACGUUUGACUCAAGAGAUCCAAACAGCGAGAUUAUACCGAGACUGUUGAGAGGGUGAUCCGAACCAAACAAUAAUAAAGGGGGCGGACUGGAGCUAUUUCGCAGUUUCUACAUAAACUCCCCGGAAUACAAAUCCAGGUGGUGGGUGGAGAAAUAGCACAGCCCAGUGCUGGAUCCCAGGGGGACUGUCAGUGUGGUAAGGACCCUUGAGACGAAGGAGGGUGCAUGGAGGGUUCAAGGCCUGUAAAGCCAGGGUCGUCAGCCUGCCUCUGGUUGGGGCUGGUCUCUGUGGCUGUAGCCUUCCUCUCUACAGAGGCCCGGACCACUCCGAGCCCUCUCGUAACCCCCAGUAAUGCAACCUGUGGGGGAAACUCCAAGUGUAAUCCUGGGAUCAUCCUGCCCAUCUGGUAUCCCGAGGAUCCCUCAAUGGGGGACAAGAUCGCACGUGUCAUUGUGUAUUUCGUGGCCAUGAUCUACAUGUUUCUCGGAGUGUCCAUCAUUGCUGACCGAUUCAUGGCAGCCAUUGAGGUCAUCACCUCCCAGGAGAGGGAACUUGUCAUCAAGAGGCCCAAUGGGGAAACGACCACCACCACGAUCCGGGUGUGGAAUGAAACGGUCUCGAACCUCACUCUCAUGGCCUUGGGCUCGUCCGCCCCUGAGAUUAUGCUCACUGUUAUUGAGAUCUGUGGACAUGGGUUUAAAUCUGGUGAGCUGGGGCCCAGCACAAUUGUCGGCAGUGCAGCCUUCAAUAUGUUUGUCAUCAUUGGCCUCUGUGUGUCUGUCAUUCCCCAAGGAGAGGUACGCAAGGUCAAACACCUCAGAGUGUUCUUUGUCACUGCAGGCUGGAGCAUCUUUGCUUACAUCUGGCUCUACAUGAUUCUGGCGGUGUUUUCCCCAAACGAAGUCCAGGUCUGGGAGGGUCUCCUCACACUGGCCUUCUUCCCCAUAUGCGUACUCCUUGCGUGGGUUGCAGACAGAAGACUGCUCUUCUACAAGUUCAUGCACAAGAAGUAUCGCACUGACAAACACAGGGGUGUCAUCAUUGAGUCGGAGGCCGAGCGCGCCAAGGGGAUUGAGAUGGACGGCAAGAUGGUCAACUCUCACUUCAUGGACGGAGGCGCAGCAAGCAAUCUUAUCGGUCUGAUCGAGAGCAAAGAGGUAGACGAGUCCAGGCGCGACAUGAUCCGCAUCCUGAAAGAUCUGAAGCAGAAGCACCCCGAGAAGGAGUUGGAUCAGCUGGUCGAGAUGGCCAACUACUACGCUCUCUCGCACCAACAAAAGAGCCGUGCCUUCUACCGCAUCCAAGCCACACGCAUGAUGACAGGCGCCGGAAAUAUCCUGAAGAAACACGUGGCAGAGCAGGCGAAGAAGAGCGUCAGUAUUCAAGAGGUGCACGUGGAGGAGCCAGAGGAGUAUGUGUCUCGAAUCAUCUUUGAGCCAGCCGUCUACCAGUGCCUCGAGAACUGUGGCGCCGCCAUUCUGACCAUCACCAGAAAGGGCGGCGACAUAAACAAGACGAUCUACGUGGAUUAUAAGACGGAGGAUGGCUCUGCCAACGCCGGCGCCGACUAUGAGUUCUCAGAGGGUACAGUAGUGUUCAAACCAGGCGAGAUGAUCAAGGAAAUAAACAUUGGCAUCAUAGACGACGACAUCUUUGAAGAGGACGAGCACUUUUUUGUGCGGCUCAACAAUCUGCGCGUCCUGGAGACGGAGGACGAGGUGCUGUCCCCCAACAGUCUGCCGUACCCGAAGGCUAUGCUCGGCAUCCCCGCCGUGGCCACUGUGACCAUUCUGGACGACGAUCAUUCGGGCAUCUUCACCUUCGAGAGCAGCUCAGUGCAUGUCAGCGAGAGCAUGGGUAUUAUGGAAGUGAAAGUGAUAAGGACUUCUGGAGCAAGGGGGACGGUCAUUGUGCCUUAUCGCACCGUGGAGGGCCUUGCCAAAGGAGGAGGGGAGGACUUUGAAGACACCUACGGAGAGCUCGAGUUCAAGAACGACGAGACCUGCAAACUCAUUCACGUGAAAAUUAUUGACGAUGAGGAGUAUGAGAAAAACAAGAACUUCUUCCUGGAGCUGGCCGAGCCUCGCAUGGUAGACAUGAGUCUGCAGAAAGAUGUACCAGACAGGAAGAUGACAUCAGACGAGGAGGAAGCCAGGCGGAUCGCAGAGAUGGGAAAACCGGUGCUGGGGGAACACUCCAAGCUGGAAGUCAUUAUUGAAGAAUCAUACGAGUUUAAGAGCACAGUGGACAAGCUGAUCAAGAAGACCAACCUGGCUCUGGUGGUGGGAACCAACUCCUGGAGAGACCAGUUCAUGGAGGCCAUUACAGUCAGUGCAGAUGAGGAUGAAGAGGACACAGGGGAAGAGCGGCUGCCGUCCUGUUUCGACUACGUCAUGCACUUCCUCACCGUCUUCUGGAAGGUGCUGUUUGCCUGCGUUCCUCCCACGGACUACAUGAACGGCUGGGCCUGUUUCUUCACCUCCAUCAUCAUCAUCGGCCUGCUCACGGCCGUCAUCGGCGACCUGGCGUCUCACUUCGGCUGCACCAUCGGCCUCAAGGACUCGGUCACUGCUGUGGUGUUUGUGGCACUCGGUACAUCUGUCCCAGACACCUUUGCCAGUAAGGUCUCAGCAGUCCAGGACACCUAUGCGGACGCCUCUAUCGGGAAUGUGACCGGCAGCAACGCCGUCAACGUCUUCCUGGGGAUCGGCCUGGCCUGGUCGGUGGCCGCCAUCUACUGGCACACGAAAGGGAAGCCGUUUGUGGUGGAAGCCGGCUCGCUUGCCUUCUCUGUCACUCUCUUCACCAUCUUCGCCUUCCUGGCCAUCUCGGUGCUGCUUUACCGGCGCCGGGCCCACAUCGGAGGAGAACUGGGCGGGCCCCGGGGACACAGACUGGCCACGUCAGCCUUCCUUUUCGGCCUCUGGUUCCUUUACAUCCUCUUCUCCAGUCUGGAGGCCUACUGUCAUAUAGAGGGCUUCUAAACAGGAAAGACUUGAGAGAAUACAAACAUACAGGGGUUUCAAGUACAACUUCAGAGGUAAAAGGGUGAAAUCUCACUGUGGAAUUUGGGUCAGUCUUGUAUGGUAUGAAAGGUUUGGAGAGGUAGACCCAGGGUUUUCCCAGACACCUCCCUCCCUCUCUCUCUCUCUCUCUCUAUCUCUCUCUCUCUCUCUCUUUCUCUCUCUCUCUCUCUCUCCCUCAACCCCUUCUGUAAGGAUGCUUUGAGGUGAGUAUCCUGCCCUCUAGUGCCGUCAGGCCUGUUCGUCCCGGCUGCAGGAGAGCCGUCCUGAGCCUGCACGAGUGUGCUUACAGUUGGGAUUGGGUUACCACCAAGUCCAGAAGAUGCCGGGGUGGUCCUGCAUUCCACUGGAGGAGACUGAAGUCUUAUAUCCGGAGAGAGUUGAGUUAAUCAGAGGUCUAUAUUUUUCUCAACAUCUGACGAGAACGACUUUUUUUAAAAAGUAUUUUGGGGAUAAAAUGCAAAAAAUAUAUAAAACAAUAAAAAAAAACACACACACACACACACACACAAAAAGAGGAAUAAAAGAACUAUUUUCUGAUCUACGUUAUAAGGAAUAGCAAAAGAUAUUAUUGUAAAUGGGAAUAUGUUGUUGAGUGACAGUGGAAUUGAUUCAUAGUAUUUAUUUUUAUUUGCAUAGUUUCCUAAGGAGCACUGCAGAGUUCUCAGAAAUCACACAAAGAAGAAGAAGAGGAGCGACAGUGACAGUUCAUACUGGCAGACAAAUCACCAUUCAAACCGGCGAGGAGGAAGAGGUGGACACAGUGAACAUGGUCAAACUGCCCUGAACAUUACUUCCGUACUCUA